AUGGGCCCGAACCAUCCUCUCCCUUCCUCCUCCCCCUCCUCCCCUUCCUCCCCCUUUCUCCUCUCCCUUCAUCCUCUCCCAUCUCCCCCUUCCUCCUCUCCCUUCCUCCUCCUCCAACUCCCCCUCUUCUCCGUGACUCCUACCCCAUUUCCCCCUCCUCUCCCUUUCUCCUCAACCUCCCCCUUCCUCCUCCCCCACCUCCCCUUCCUCCUCCUUUGUCCUCUCCCUUCGUCCUCUCCUACCUCCCCCUUUGUCCUCCCCCACCUCCCCUUCCUCCUCCUUUCUCCUCUCCCUUCGUCCUCUCCCUUCCUCCUCCCCCACCUCCUCCUUUCUCCUCUCCCUUCGUCCUCUCCUACCUCCCCCUUCGUCCUCUCCCUUCCUCCUCCCCCACCUCCUCCUUUCUCCUCUCCCUUCGUCCUCUCCUACCUCCCCCUUCCUCCUCCCCCACCUCCCCCUCCUCCCCCUUCCACCUCCCCCUCCCCCAUCCUUUGCUAA